AUGAUGGCAUCAUCGUAUGCCACUCCAUCCACCUCUUCAUCUCCAGUCAAUGGCUGUUCGUCAAUGUCUCCCGAGCCUCGAUUCAAUCCAUUUCAAAGCUCAUCUGAAUCAAGUUUGACCAUCAAUUCAAUCGAUUCUCAAAGCUGUGUCUAUGGUGAAGAUGGUUCUAUAACAAGUGCCGGUCCUGAAGCCUUGUGGAAGAAACUUUUACCUACACAAGAAUACGAGCCUUCCAGGAAGCUGGUGUUUACAUUACUAUUGAAUUUGAGGGCUUUUGUGUCGCCUGUGGAGAUGCUACAGAAAUUGGUACAGGUAAGACUGUGGGAUGGAUAAGGUUGGGCAGGAUACGGCAGGGCAAGGAUAAGAUAGAGCAAAGACAAGGUAGGCCAUUGCAAAGCUUAUGUGUGGUAAGGCAGAAGAAAAUAAGCUAGAAUAAGGCUCGGCAGGGUAUUUUAGUUUAGCUGGGUUAGGACAUGGUAAAGUAAAUAAAUUUUUUCAAAAAGUUUUAAAUUUCAAAAAAUUUUAUUAUGACCUCUUAAACUUAAAGCUCAAUUUGCCUAUAUUCACCACGCCCAUUAUCAACAUAUCAUUUCAGAACUGCAUCUUCGAGCAACACACCAGCCUCUCCAACUUUAACCGCCACACUCACUCCAAACUCUCCGAACAUGUAUAUAACUUUAUAUCCGAAUGGACAACCAGUAUACCUUAUGAUUUUCGAUCCGAUGAGAUGCGCCAACGUCUAUCCGAACUAUUCUCUCUAUGUGCUACUGAUUCUACCCAAAAUCGAAAGUUCUCAAAGCUUAUGGACAAUCUUAACCAUGUCUUGGCCAAACGUGAACAUUACGAACGUGCCAUGAAGAACUUGGAUUCAAAUUAUGAUAUGGAUCUUGAGAAGACGGAGCAGAUGAGUGGACUUGUGGCUAUGGGAGCUCAACCUCAAGUUGUGGCACAACAACUAGCUCAUAUUGAGUUGGAAAGGUUGAGCAUGAUAGGGGUGGAUGAAAUUGUUCAAAUGCUAGGAAAUGUUAAUUUGGAAAGCUUGGGAGAGGUAAGAAUAUCUUUCUUACUAUCUUAAGCAUCUUUCUAGCUUUAUAACUGCUUUACUGUUCAAAUCCUUAUAGUUUUAUUUUUUCAAAACCCUUUGAUCUGUUGUCUUUGAUAAUAUAAUUUUGCUCAUUUUACUCAAAUUUAAAGUUGAAGAAAAAUAAAAAUAUGUAACUUACAUUCAGUAACAUCUGUUCAUGCCAAUAUCUUACUUAUCUUACCGCUUAACUCACUAAAAGUUUAAUUUCUUCAAAAAUAUUUGACCUGAUGUUUAUGAUAAUAUAAUUUUAAUCAAUUCUCCUCAAAUUUCAGCACAAUUCCGAUACAACAGGAAACAUAAAGUAUUAUAUAAAGUGGUUCAACCAACUCAGCGUAUUUACAGCGUCAGAAAUCCAGAAACAUACCCGGAAGAAGCACCGGGUCCGAUGCAUCGAGUUUUUCAUUGAUCUGGGCAAGGAAUGCAUCAAUAUUGGCAAUUUCAACUCACUUAUGGCCAUUGUUGCUGGUCUAUCAUCUCAAGCUGUUACUCGACUAAAGAAAACUGUAGGUUUUGAGUUGGUAUUGCAUUGGGAUCUAGAUAUAUGGCAUGUUAUAGUAGAGGGAACCUAAAAUAAUAUCGGUGGUAGACUUUUUUAUUCUUCUUGCUUCAAAUUUGAUUAGAUCUUUCUAAAAGAGUUUAAAAUUGCAAAACAUGUCCUCACCAUUAUUUUAACAUCACUCCAUUCAUCUUUACGUAUCUUAAAUCAUUUUUAAACCAAUAUUGUUGUAGUGGCAACGUGUUGACAAAGCCAAGCUCGAAAUCCUCCAACAUCAGCUGAAUCCCUCCGGGAAUUUCGUUAGCUAUCGUGCAACAUUAAACGCCGCAAUUUGGAGGUCAGAAUGUGCCAAAAACGACAAUGAACGUGUAAUCAUACCGUUCUUUGGCCUUAUGCUCAAAGAUUUGUAUAUUAUCCAUCGUGCUUCAUUGGACCCGUUGCCUAAUGGUCAACUUAAGAUUGCCGUAUGUUUAAAAUCAUUUUUUGUUACCUAAAAUAAUAAAGGGAAUAAGAAAUAGCUAAUUUUCUUCGUUGAAAAGAGUAAGGAUGAUAUUGAAACAGAAUUCCAAAUAAAUUGUUUUUGUGGUGGGACCUUUUAUUGUGUCUGUUGUUUUUGUAAAAUACGACUUGAGUUUCGUAAAAAUGUAAAAUUUUAGAUGUUUGCUCAAUUUGCUCAGCACAUGGCCAAUUUGAUACUAUGGAAAGAUAGACCGUGUCCAUUCAAACGAAACACCAGCAUAUUGCAGUACUUGUUGUUGGCGCCUUCUUAUGUGGAAAAUGGUAAGUUUUAUUGAUUUAAAUUACUCUAAAAUAAUUUUUAAAUAUUACACUGGCACUUUACUUUAAAAUUUUAUGUUUUUUAUUUGCUUUACCUCAACUUUUCGCGUUUUAUGCUAAAAGUUGAAACGUUUGGACGAUAAAAACAAUAUAACUCUAUACCUUUCAGAUCUCUUAACCUUGUCCUUUGAAAAUGAACCACCGGAAACGCCGAAUGAACGUGAACAGUAUAAAAAAUUGACAGAAGCUAAAAGCGAUACUAGCUCGGACAAGUGA